GAUUCCUCACCUUCCGGACAUGCAUAAGAAGCUCGGGUAGUACCUUGACAGAAUUAAACCUUUCAGGAAAGCUGAAGUGAAUACUCUGAAGCAGUACUUCCGAGAGGAAGGUAAACUUUCAAAAUCUGGAUGGCUGUUCCUGUAUUGCUAUGGCAGAUGUGACAUUCCAUUGGGAGAAAUUAGCUGUGGCAUGUAAUUAACAGAAGAGAUGUUUUCAUUGGGAGACAAGAAGUCUACCCAUGCAAGCAAUUAAUCAUGAGAGUCCAAAAUGUGUUCUGAACGAGGUUUGCAAAAAUUCUGUCAUCCACCUACCAAGUUACUUGGAGAAGAGCAGUCUAUAGGUGCAAACAAUUAUAAGAGGUGAGAAAAGUGGGAGCCAAAGGAAGAUGCUGGGAUCUGAAAGAAGUGUUGUGGAAGAAUGGCUCUCGGAAUUCAAGGCAUUACCUGAAACCCAGAUCUCUAGUUACGGAGGAACGCUUUACAAGAAGAAAACACUAGUUCAGGCACUGUAUAAAGUCAUUCAGGACCUCAGCAAUGAGCUCUUGGAGCCUGUAUGUCACCAGUUGUUUGAGCUGUACCGUAGUGCUGAAAUGAAGUUAAAAAGGUUUACACUGCAGUUCCUUCCAGAGCUAGUGUGGGUAUAUCUGCAAAUUACAGCCAGUCGUGACAGACAGAGUAAUGGCUGCAUCGAGGCUCUGCUAUUGGGAAUUUACAACUUGGAGAUUGUAGACAAAGAUGGGAACAAUAAAGUUUUGUCUUUCACCAUUCCUUCACUAUCAAAACCAUCUAUUUAUCACGAGCCUUCCAGUAUUGGGUCCAUGGCCCUGACUGAAGGAGCUUUGAGCCAACAUGAUCUGAUAAGAGUAGUUUACAGUGAUAUCCAUCAGCAGAGGGAGACGUUUACAGCCCAGAACAGGUUUGAGGUGCUGACUUUCCUCCUCCUUUGUUAUAAUUCUGCAGUGGUGUAUAUGCCAUCAUCUUCUUCACAGUCACUGUGCCGGAUGUGUUCCAGGCUAUGUGUGAGCGGGUUUCCUCGGCAGCAGCAGAAGAGGUGGAGAGAAGCGUGUGGUCGUGUAGUUCUAGACCCAGAUUUUAUGGUACAGAUGCUUACAGCAGUAUACCAUGCCAUAUACAAUGGAGAAUGGGACCUUGGAAGGGAAGCACUGGAUGACAUAAUUUACAGAGCACAGUUAGAACUUUAUUCACAACCUCUUUUGGUUGCCAAUGCAAUGAAGAACUCAUUGCCAUUUGAUGCACCUGAUGCAUCACAAACUGGUCGAAAAGCACUAAAAAUGGAAGUAACACCAACUGUGUCAAGGAUAUCCCGUACUGCUAUAACCACUGCUUCAAUCCGACGGCACCGAUGGAAGAGAGAAGAUUGCUUUGACUUCUCAAAUGAGGGCGACUCGAGCAACCCUGAUUCUCCAGGUCACUACAGCUUCACAGAGAUAGAGAAUAAACAAGAGAGAGACGGGGAGGUAACACCUCGCAGAACUCCUGACCAUGGCCCAGUGGAGCCGACAUCUGCAGCAGUUACACCAGAGGUGGAUGCUGAUGGCAUGAGUGGAGGGGAGGAAUCUUUCAACCUUAAUGAUGCAGAUGAGGGCUUUUCUUCAGGUGCUUCCAGCAGCAGUCAACCUACCGGGACCAAACCUUCAUUCUUAUCACAAAAAGGCAGCUUUAGAAAAGGAGUUGGUAUGCGUCUAAGCAAAGAACAGUCAUCCAGUGGCAGGCUCAGUGAGAGCCCACCUGAUACCUACAGUGAACCUGCUCUCCUCAGCAAGCAGCUCCUGCAGCCGCCUAACCCCAGUGCAGAAGGCAUUGAGCUAACACCCAUGAAAAAGCACCUUAGUUUGCCACCUAGCCAGAUGCUGUCCAAAGCUGGUGCACAGAACCUGGUACGAACAGCCAGUGCUUCCUCCAGCAAAUCCUUUGACUACAUGAAUGGCAGUAAAAGCACAGAAGGUGCCUGUAACCUUGUGGCGAGUAAUGCCAAUCGGUUUUCAACCAUCAGUCUGCAGGAAGAUAGAAUGGGCCGCACUGGGGAGGGAAAGGACCUUUUAUGUCCAGGAGCACCUCUGACCAAGCAAUCCAGAUCACCUAGCUUCAAUAUGCAGCUGAUAUCCCAAGUGUAGAGUCAGAUAAUGUCUUCAUUCUGUCCCCUUUUACCAAACAGUACAUUCCAUAGAUAUUUAUGAAGAAAUUAUAUCACCUGGUGUGGAAGUAAUUGCUGCGAUCAAGCCUAACUUAAUCUUGAUGUUAAUAUAUUUUGUACUGAAACAGCAAUAAGAAACAAAAAGAUGUAUAUAGUUAAAUAGGAGAGAAACACUGUUGUCUUCUCAUGCCUUCCUUUUUGGGUGAUGUGCAAUCCAUUUUAGGCCAAUCAGACUCAUGUCAAUUUUUUUUUUAAGGAGUUUUUAAAAUGUUUCAGAUAGACACUGUAGGAUGUACAAAAUCAAGUUCAUGCAGAUUAUAAGAAAAUUGUCAUUACGGGAUACCUGUUUUUUGCUUCCCAGAAUGAAAGUUUCCAACUGUUCUCCGCUACAGUGAUUUAUGACCUGGACGUUGAGGAUUUCUACUUUGUUAUCCAGCUGCUUUAACCAGAAAAUUCUUCAGAAGUCCUCUCAGGUUUUCUGUCAGUUCAGAGUUUUAUCAGAUUCUGGUUGCUGACCUUUCUACCAUAGAAAAGAAACCUGCUGCUUGUUUUACAGUUUACACUGUUUUUAAUUAUAUUGAUCAUUUGUUGCACAUUUUUACAGUAGAAGUGAAUGCUUUUACCAUAUUCUAGGUAUUCGUCAUUUCUGAUUUUUCAUUAUCUGGUUUAAGCCAAAGGUGCUAGGAUUCAGUAGGUGACUUUACAUAGUGUUGCUGACAUGAAUACCACCAAUAACUUAUGUAGACCUCAGCCUUCAGCAGCCACAAUUCAUGCAUCCCCCCACCCAAAUAUGUCAAGUACAAACCAGAUUUGCAUUGCCAGUUUGCUAUGAGUUAGAACCUCGUAUCUUGCAGGACAACAGCAUUCAGUUCUUUUCAGAUGUUCAGUUUACUAGUAAAUAUUGCUGAUUUUUACCUAGGUGGCAUACUUAUAACUGUAUCUCACUUUUCCUGUUCUUUUGAGUCAACAUUUCACCCUCAAAACCAUUUUGGUAUCAGGUAUGUCCCAGAUAUCUGCCAUCUAAUGUGACCAUUGAUUAAUGAACCCAAGUAUACAAGUCUUUCAGCAGAAAUGUUUCUCUCGUGGAGCAACAGGUAUUUGUUGUAAUCUAGCAUGAUAAAACAAUAUCUGUAAUGGGCCUCUAUGGGAAGGGUUCAUUUUGUAGGUGGGCAUGUGCUCAAGGACUACAGUGUAAUUAUUUAAGCAUAGGUAAGUAUUUUAAACCCUGGAAUACUUUGUUGUUCUGACGUAGCUCAGUCAAAUUUCCUUCCUGAAAGAGGAGUAAAAUGUAGAAGGCACCUGCUUGUAAAUUUUGUCAAGACAAUCAGAAUCGCGGAACUAUUCAGCUUGUGUGGUAGUAAUGAGCAGCCCCUGGUUUUGAGACCCUAGAUAUUGUAGCUUGGACCCUUCUCUAUUCACAGCACCAUUGACAUCCUUAUUUGGAGAUAAACACUUUAUUAAUUCAUAGGAUGUUUUUUUCAGUUCUAGUAUAGGAUGUGAAUGGUGUUGUGAAUUCAUCGGACUUGCUUGUAUUUGGCUAACUACUAUAAGUGGAAGUGUGCAUUUUUGCUGGACCCGCCUGUGUACUGAGUAGUUUAGAUUCAAGAAGGUGUUACUGAGCACACAGUGUAUAAUUGGAUAAUUAUGCUUUUGCUACUGCAGGUCUCCCUGUUAAAAGUAAAAGACCAUAAUUGAUAAUCCUGUAUCUACAAAAAUUAAUGGAUGGAAAGCAUCGAGUUACAGAAAAUCUCAAAUCUAACUAUAAUGCCAUUAAAGCAUUUUGCAGGGGGCUUCAUGCACAUCCCAUACCCCAGUAUAGGGAACUGUGCUCCCCAUACUCCCCUGAUACUUGUAGACUCUGUCUCUGUGAUUGCUUCUGUUCCUUGCAGUGAGGGGAAUCCUGCAUGGUAGCACAGCCUCAGUCAGCGUAUUUGCAUUGCAGUUUCACAUAUGUGCUCUCACAGCUCUGAGGACUGCAGUUUCAGUCCUUGCAAUUUCAACAAGAAUCCAGAAUCAGUCCAAAUCUUCUUGCAUUUAGGUGAUGGUCUCUGGAUCAUUUUCAGUGAUUUUGUGUAGAAUUCUAGAAUCCUUCCCAUGUCCAUGAUUGUGACUUUGUGGAUCAGUUGCAACUCAAGUAUUGUUACAGAACCAAUCAAGCCAUGUUACUGGGCAUUUUAGUAUCAUCCAAGCUGUAACGAUCAGAACUUCUUGUAGACUUUCUCAGACAACAGUGUUACAGUUUGUAUUCACAUCCUCCUAUGCCAGGUGCUCACCAGGCAACUUCAUUAACAGUCGCCUUCAUAGGAUGGUAUGCCUUUGUUCCGCAGCUGUCCUUUUCAGCAAGGUCAUCAAAAGCAUGCUCAUAAGCAGAGGGUUGGCUAACCAGUAUGUUAAUUAUUAGGCUAUUCCAACUUCUAGAGUCACCUUGAAACUGUGUUUGGAUUUUUUUUUUUAGCUGUAGGAUCACUUUUUUGUUUUGUUUACUGUGUUAGAGGCACUUUUUCACAAACAUUUUUGUGGCAGUAAGUAGCACUGCAGAACAAACAUGUUUCUGCAUGCACUGCAUUAGGCUGGAAAGCUGCCCUGAUAUCUGCUUCUAUUAUUUAAAAAAAAGUCAAACAACCAAGUAUUGGCUGUAUCAUUUGGAAGCACAUGAACAGGAGAAUGGACAUUCUAGUACAGCAGUGUACCACAUUGGUGCAGGAUGGCAUGUAUAGUCAAGUGUGUGCACCCUGUGCAAGCAGUGAUUGUGGAAGUUCCAGACACCUACGGGGUAGGCAUUAGAUGGGGAUGGGAUCCUUGAUCUGCAAACUGGCUUGCUGUUAAACACCUGGAGUGAAUGGGCUGAUCAGGCUGUCACCCUAACAUGGUACCACGUGGUCUGUAAGGCUCUCACCCUGACAAUGAACAAAUUGGCCUGCCCCUUGCUCAGAAAGAAGAAUGGAUGAGCCCAUUGGGAGAAAGAAGGGGAAUCCACUCUGCAGCUUGUGCGUACAAAAAAAAGUUCUAGGACUGCUUAUAGUUGUCAGGAAAGAAUCACAAAAAGUAGAAAAUCUGUAUGUCUCCAGAGUACGGUGGGGUUCUAAUCCUUCUUCCCCACUUAUUCACCUGUAGGUGACCUUUCCUCCAAAGAGUAGUAUGCUGGCAGUUGUGACAGGGUUGAUUCAUGUAGAUCCUUCUAGAAACAUUCCCCAGGAGGGGAUAAGUGUUGGCAGUCCACUGGAUGUGUAACCCCUGAGUUUAAUAACCAAAUACUGAGCAUGUGACUGUGCAGCUAAGAAAUAACUUAACAAAAAACACAAACCAAAUAAGAUCAUGUAGUGUACCACCACUGGAUGAAAAAAUAUCAGUGUCAGACAUUGCAAAGCAAUAGGAGAAACCAGACAAGUCCAACCACUUCAAAACAAAUUUAUUACGGGCACAAGAUAUUGGCUCAUGAAAAGUUCAUUCAAAAAAGUUGGAAAGUAUGUUCAACCAGUCCAUCUUGGUAUACUGUAUGACUGCUGUCUACAGCUUCAGUUAAAUAUCUCAUAGACGUUUACUAAAUUAAGUUAGACAUGAUUUCUUUUUUUACAAAAUCCUAUUGUUGCUGGUCUAAAGCAGUAAGAUUUUUUAUAUUGGAGCUUAUGAAAUCAGAUGUAAUACAUUUUAUGGCUUUGCAAAUUAGGCUUGUUAGGCUGAUGGGUGUAUGUUUCUAGGAUCUGCAUCCUUUAUGAAGUGAGAUAAUGAUAGCUUUCCAUAUCUCUGGUACAUCUUUUGGGGAUGUGCUUAAGUUGAGCAGUUUUAGUUUUCAGCAGAAGAAACAGAAACAAUAUAAGGAAAAAGGUAUCACCAUCCACCACCAAGAUUCCCUUCUCCAUUGUAUCCUAAUCCAUUUGUUGCAUAUCCCCAGGGCUCUUCUUUUGAGGACUUGGAGUAAAGAUGGGCUUGCUUGUGUUAUUACAUGAUAAAUUUGUUGCUGAGGAAAGAUAAAAUAAUGUCUCCUUGGCUUACCUGGUCUAGUCACAACCUGUCUGUAAUAUUUUGCUCUUGCACUUGUCUGUGAGUUAGUGAAGACCGACGCAGGUCUGGAAGAUCCACAAGAAAUUACAAGAGAAAAGGUUACAGGGUAGACCAUCUGUAAUUUUCUUCGAAAGAGCAUGCACCUUUUUGCACCACCAAGCAGUGGUCACUUCAGCGGUCAGCACUGCAGCUUGUGACUGUCAGUGAAUACACAUCUAUUCAGCACACAGUACCUAAGACACAGAAUUUCUGGAUCUGUGGACUAAGAUGAUAUGUGCUGCAUGCCUCAGCCAUUCUGCAAAUUUUCUGUUGUACAGGGACAAUAAAACAGUGCAGUUUAAAAUUGAGGAAGCUUAAUUGCUUCAGAAUCUAAAUAAUUGUUUGGAGACAUGUUAACUGUUCUUAAGGUCCAUGUUUGGCAUAGCAGAUGCACAAAUUAAUUCAGUAGAGUCUGUGGUGGUGUUGAGGAGCUAUGACUGUGCAUGUCUGUUUUUACUUGAUAUGCUUUGGGACUUGCUUAUCUCUUCUUCACUGGUGCUGACAUGUUUGGCAAGUAGGUUAGGAGAUUACUGUGGAUCUCAGAAAGGGAGAGCAGGAGUUUGUCAAUCUCCAUCAGAUUUAUGAAAUCAAAAAAGCCAGUUGGCCAAUCAGUGAAGGGGAAAUUGCCAUUUCACUUCAGGGCACAACUUUUGCGAAGUGGCUAAGGCCAUAGGAAGCACAGUAACUCAGAAAACUUCAGAAGAUACUUUAGUCAGCUAUGGCAGUUACCUAGCUCAAUAAGCAAUACCUUUGACUAGUUCCCUAAUUCAGGGUGGUCAGUGAAGGAUGCUUCUUAUUUAGCAGAUAACUGUAUUAGUUGACAUUCUCAUAUCUUGUCAUAAACUGGUGGAUCCAAAGGAUAAUGGGGUGAGGGGAUUAAACCUACUGUCUGCAGUGUUCAUACACCCUCUGACUUAAGCGUGAUUGUUUUUAAAAGACAAAGCACAGUCUUCUGACUUAAAAUUUUUAUAUCAACCACUAAGAAAGGCAGUAAUUAUUUAUCAAAAUGAAAUACUGCUAAGGAAUUUGGUUUGAUAAAAUGCUAUACUGGGGCUGAUAAACACUGAGCAUACGUCUGCUGUCAUUUUCUGUGAAGAACUGAUGUAUAAUUCACUGUAGUGCUGCAAAAUUUCAUCUAUGUUCCAUGUCAUGACACUGGCAUGAAGGAGCAGCAUAACACACAUAACAAGAAUCAAGUUUUAAUCCCAAAAAUGGAAAGCAGAGUAGACUUUGAAUAGAAUUCAUACGUACAUGCAUACAUACAUAACACUGUGUAUGAAGACUAGACAUUAUUAAUGUUCUGAAUAUCGAAAUAUUCUAUUUUAAAAACAAACUUUACCUAGGUUAACUAGUGAAUUCUUAUUAGUGCACUCAUUUUGUAGGUAAUUUUAGCAAUGUCCAUUUUUACAUAUAUGUUAGAUUAUCUAACAGAAUAGUACUUAAUUUUGAAACUUUUUAAAAUCUUUGCCCCUUUGAAAAAUAAAAUUGCUGUGACUUCACAUAGGUCAGCUAAAUUAUUUUCUGUGAAGCUUUUGCAACAGGUAAUAAUUUGAGGAGUAAUGUUUGGGGUUGUAGCAGGUAAUAUGUUGAGAAGUAUUGCUUGUGGUUAUAGCAGGUAGUACUUUGAGUAAUGCUUGGGGUUGUAGCGAGUAAUAAGUGAGUAAUACUUGAGGAUGAAGUAGCUAAUACUUUGUGGAGUAAUUCUUGGGGUUGUAGCAGUUAAUACUCUGAAGUGUAAUGCUUGGGGUUGCAACAGAUAAUACUUGAGUAAUACUUGUGGUUGUAGCAGAUAAUACUUUGAGGAGUAAUGCUUGGAGUUGUAGGCUAGGAGGUAAUACUUUGGGGAGUAAUACUUGUGGUUGUAGCAGGUAAUUCAUUGAGAAGUAGUGCUUGGGAUUGUAGCAGGUAAUACUUUGAAUAAUGCUUGUGGUUUCAGCAAGUAAUAAUUUGAGGAGCAGUACUUGGAGAUGCAGCAGGUAAUACUUUGAGGAGUAAUCAGGAGCGGCCUUAGGUCAACUGGUGCCCUAGGCAAAAGGGCAUCACGGCACCCCCACCACACCAGCCAGUGCCCCCAUCCUGGUCUACCUACACCAAAUAAAUACUUGAAAAGUGCCCCUACUAAAGCGGUGCCCUAGGCGGCCGCUUAGUUGGCCUAUGCCUAAGGCCGGCUAUGGGAGUAAUGUUUAGGGUUGUAACAGGUACUAUGUUCAGAAGUAGUGCAUGUGGUCACAGCAGGGUAAUACUAUGAGUUGUAAUGCUUGGGGUUGCAGUAGAUAAAACUCUGAGAAAUAGUGCUUGGGGUUUUAGCAAGUAUUACGCUACAGAUUACUACUGGCUGUGCUAAGACUACUCAUGCAGAAAUGUCUCAGCAAUCAGCUAGUUAGCUGUUCCCUUCCUUCUUCCCUUGGUUUUCCUUACUGUUUUCAUUGGUAAAACUCAGCUGCAUGUUAUCACUUCUUUAGCUGCUUUGAUAAGUUUUCUUUAUGUUUUGAUAUGGUCUUUAUUUACAAUUAAUGCUGGAAGUAAAAUAUACCAGACAUAAUUAUAUUGUAAUACAGGAAAUCUUUAUCUUUUUGGGCCAAGAUUGUGGACACCUGAUUGUGCUGUACCUGCAUUCAUUUAAGUAGCUGACCAGGAAAAGCACAUACAAAACUGUAUCACCAGUUUUUUUUUCUAAAGGAAGAGAUUCUAUAAAAUGCUCCCCUUUUUGAUCUGGCUGUGUGGCAUAGAGGAAUGGAGCCCUGACUGAGACCUAGGUGUCCUAGGUUUAAGUAGCAGCCGUGACACUGGAGGGGCUGGAUGGGAUUAAUGGAGGAAUGAAAGGGUGGAGCCCACUCAUCUGGGGAGGGGGUGUGAAUGAGUUUGGGGAUAUGCCUGGCCUGACUGUCAUUGGUAGAGUCACCAGUAGAGAAUGGUGGUCAAGCCGAGGUGCCACUUAGAAGGAGGGGUAGGGCCAUUUGAUUACAUGCUCCCAGAAGUGGGCACAUACAGCACUAAGCUCAUUGCAUGCUGCAUGCAUGGACAGUGGUAUUGGUAGAGAUAAGAAAAAAAACAAAACUCCAUCUAUCCACUGUUAUGGCAGUCUCACUCUUAGUUUGCCUAAUACUCAUGCCAGGAGCAAAUAAGCUGUAGAGUGUCUGUGUUUGGGGAGAGGGUGAACAAAGUGAUCAUUAGGACCCCCCUUUUGCUGAUCUAUUUCAUGAGGAACACCAGGUAAAUUGUACUAAGGAGAAUGAUGAGUCUGAGGAGAAAAUCAUAGAAAAGGAGAAUUGCUGCAUAUGUACAAUAUCUUUGAUGCUGGACAUUGCUAUUUGUCCCUUUGACUCAGAGCACCAAGACUGGGUCUAUAUUACAAGAUCGAAUGUUUAGGUGAUUGAACACCUAAACAUCGAACUUGUAAUAUUGAACCUAAAAACGUUGAACUUCCCAUGGAAAGCUGUCCUUUGGUCACUAAAAUGAAAAAAAUAACUUUACACCCAAACCAAGUAAGUGGGGGGGCUUCACCCACCACACCCCCCCUAACUAAAUAUACCAACUCCGAGAUAGCUGUACAAGUAGACAAAACGGCAAAAUCCGGCGAACAGCCAAGGGAAAUCUUUCCAUGCUUUAAAUUGGCCGAUUCUCCAUUUUUUGCUUUCAAUAUUACAAGUUCGAUGUUUAGGUGUUCGAUCACCUAAACAUUCGAUCUUGUAAUAUAAACCCCCAAGACUGACUACUAGCCUCUGCCAUUGCAAGUCUCUAUUGUGUGAAAUGUGGCCCAGUCUGUGAUGCUCCAUUGUCUAUUCUUGUAGUGUUGAGCCAAACCCCACAACUCAUUGUCCUUUACACAAGUAGUGGUCUGAAUGGGUCUGUGUUUAAUCAUCAAACAGCACAUUCAUCGAAUAGCUGUUUGCCGAAUAGUAAUUGUUGAAAUUAAUUAAAUUAAUAGAGGUUUCGACAAUUAGUAUUCAGCCAACAGCCGUUCGAUGAACAUGCUGUUUGAUGAUUAACCAUAGACCUAGUUUGAGCAGUGCAUUCGUACAUUGAUUCUUCAGUUUGUAUCCUGUAUGGGAGAUUUUUAUGGUUCUCUGGCUUUUUACCUUCCAUCCAUUGACGUAAGUCUGCUACUGUAAAUCCACUUCACAUAAAUAACUAGCAGCCUACUUUUCAAAGUCCACAUAUAGUGAGAUUAGACUUAAUAAUCUAGCUGCAUUCAUAGAUGUUAGCAGGCAGUAACUCCUUUGAUCAUUCAUUCUUGGAGCUGCCAUUUGUGUGCUGUCAUACAGUGUACUUCCACCAGCCAAAAAUAUGGUAACUGUUAUCCCAGAUGUUUGGAGGAAUCAAAAGCUACUAAGUGUUCUCAUUGUAAUAGCAGUUUCCCUAUAUUUAAACUAUUAAUUCAUUUUAAACAGAACAUGCCGGAGAGACAGAGAUGAUCCAGAGACUGCCCUCCUAUGGAGCAGGCUUCCCAUUCAUGUGAAGCAGAGUUGGUCUUUUACCAAGUUUAAGCGCAACCUAGCCCAGUGGAUAGGAAAUAUGAGAUUUACCCAGGGUCUGGCACCCAUGUCCAUUAUGACAGAGAUAGAUUAUAAAUGCCUGGCCCUCAAUGUCCUGCUUGGAUAUAGGGCAUCAUUAUUCUUUUGGGAAAAUGUGGCUAGGCUUAGAAAGGUCCCCCCAGGGUCAUUAGUCUAGUAACAAUUUAUGAAUCUAUGAAAAUGAUCAACAAACCAGUCCACUGACUCCAUAAACAAAUAGCAAGUAAGUAAAUUAACUAAAUGAAUAAAUUCUGUGAUUAUCACAAACCAGUGGUCUCAGUGUAGAUAACAUCUCAUUAAAUGUCAGUUUCAUCAAAGAACAUCCUUCAUCAUUUGUCAUUCCAUCAUUUAAUUUGCUGUCAUUUCAAAUCUGAUUAUGCAUGUUUCUGUCUGUACAGACCCUAAAUUGUUUAUAGUGAAUGGGGCAUGGUGAUUAUGCUCCAAAAUACAGAAAAAGACAAAUCAGUUAAGUGCUACUAUAGAGCAAGACCCAACCAUGCCUAUUGCUAAGCACCCCUGCUUAACUUGUUAAAGUAGGGUCUCAUGCUAGGCAGUCAAGUCUCCCAGUACUGACCAGCAAAGACAGUGGCAGAAUAAAAAACAGAGUUGUUUCUGCCUGCUGUCCAUACUGGUAAUGUGUUCUGACUUCCUUUUGUAAACUUAGAAAGUAGUUAGAAUGACAGGCAGUGUUUGCCUGCAUUUUUUGAAGGAUAAAAAGUCUGGAACUCAACUGUUUAGCAUCAUUUUGUUGAAUUCAGUCCUUUGUAAUUUGUCUAAAACAGGUUUUAUGAGGAACUGAUUGAACAUAUGAGGUGAAAGUCAAGAUUUUCUUAUGAAUUUCUGGACAGCUGAAUGUAAUAGCAAGGUGAGUAUAAACAUAGCAGUCUGUGUUGCCCUGUCUUUCUGACAGCACACACUAAGCGCAUUAUGGCUUUGAAAGCCAGUAAAACACUUGGCUUCUUUUUUUUUCUGCAACUAGCAGUACAUAUAAAAAGCUCUUUGCACUACAAAGAAUUAUGAUCGGGUCUCUGAUCAUAACCUUUAGUUAUGUGUUCUUGACAUGGAUGGCAAGAUUCACCUCUCAAGCUUUGCUCUCAAGGAGAAUUUCUUAGCAUCCAUGUUUCACAUACAUAAUAAGAAGGUUAUUAUUGGUGACCCAGUCAUAAUCCUCUUUGUUAGGGUUGCGUUCAUGCUGUAUUUUACAGGUGCUAAGCACAGGCCAUGGCUAAAAAGUGGUCCUAGAACUAGCUCAUCUGCCAGUCAACAAAUAAAUAACUAAGCAACUUAAAUUACUCCAUAGAAAGUAAACAAGAUAAAUCAAGAGCUGCAAUUCUCUUCAUAGGUACUUACCAAUCAUCAGGUUCAGGACACCAUUGAUGAACCAAUCUCAGUUUUCCAUUUGCCACAGUGCAGUGUAGUGUCCAGUUUAGUGACAUGGAUAGAAUAAUGCUGUAGGCAAAUGGAGGUUGAGGGAAUAAAAUGGUAGACAACAAGUAGCAGAUUAACAGCUCUGGUCUUUAAUCUUCUGCAUUAAUUGCCAGACAAAAUGUGACUUUGUUUUUUUAUAAAUAUUGGCCGGGUAACCUUAGGUUCUUCUAUUUUUUCUGUGAUAACAUUGGAUGUCUUACAUCAACAUGAGUGGCCACAGGCUCAGGCAACCAGAACUUCAGUUUAAUGGUUCUUCUGAAAAAAGUCAUCUCAGAAGUACAGCAUCUGGCCCUAGUUGCAUUGCAGUGUCAAUACUGGAAAAUUAAUCCUAGUUGUUGAUGGAGUAGAACCCACAGUCUCCUGAUCUUCCAGUAUCAAAAGUUAGUGUGCUUCACCCCUGUUGCUCCACCUUGAUAAUAGCUGCUUAACCAUAACUAUGCACCUUACCUUUCAAAAUCCCUUUUCAAAAAAACUACCAUUAUUCUAGACAGCUUGGCUGUACAUGGGUGCGAGCAUGCACCCCCCCCCCCACACACACACACACAUUUUGCACUUAAAACUGUGCCUUCAUUUAACCCUAACCAGCCUAGACUUGCACAAAUACUCCUACUCCCAAUGUCAAGACCUUCAGAAUAUCCGAAGAUUUCUGCAUUACUUUCCUAAACCCCCACUUACCUUACCUGCAAUCAUUCGAUGUUCACUCAUUCAAAAUUUUUAAAGUAUCAGUGAAUGGAACCAUAAACAACAUUUUGCAGUUGUUCACUCUGUUGAUCAACACCCUAUCUGAUGGAGUGAAUGCCAUAUAUAUGCACGCAUGCACAUACACACACACACACACACACACACACACAUAGGGGAACCAAAUUUUUGAUUGACAGCAAAAAUCGAUCUGGAAAUCAGCGAAUGACACUCAUCGAACACAAAACCAAUUGAUCCACAAAGAACCAACUCCAAGAUCACACUACAGUGGAGAAAGGGCAUAUUAAACAAUCCCCACUGUAUUACAAUCUCUACCUUAAAAAGCUUGCACUUUUCGAACAGCUGAUUUUCAGUCAGCUGCACCAGCUCCCCCAUCGAUGGAAUACUCUGCACCCACACAUAUGUAUUAUGAUAGGUAUGACCACAGAAGAAAUGCUGUGUUGAUACUGCUUGAAACUCCUUUCCAGUUUCCCCAGACAACCAUUGUUCUUUUCAACAUUUCCCCACCAUCAAAGAGGAAACCAUGUAGUUAGGUGCCCCAAAUAGAAUUCACUUUGAAUUUUUUUUUUUUAAGCAGAGAUCACAGGGCAUAUCUAACCACUAUAAAACUUUACUCUUAGUCACUUUGUUGAAUUAGAAAUAGUUCUGCAUGGUCUCUUUGCAGCCCUAACUGCACUCCUACAAAAACAGUAAGAUAGAUGUGUCUUCUAAACUGAGUUGAUGCACAGGUCUACAUUGAAAUCACUACACCCCAAGUAAAAGCUUUUGUUUCUGUACUGGAACAGCACUUUUACUUUUGCUAGAUUGCUGGUGGCCAAUUCACAGAUCCUUGAGGAUAAAGCCAUAAUUUAACCGUUGAUAAAUAAUGCAUUUUUAUUAUUUUCAAAUAUGGGGAGUUAUGUAGUACUUUUUUGGAGGUAAUUUUAAAAUGUAAAUCAAAACAUACUAUGUACAUCAAAUUAAAUUGUAAACAAUACAAGUUAAUUCCUCUGAAUAAAACUUAAUAUGAAUAAACAGUUAUUUUUAGAGCUGACUAAAUAAGCGUAACAAGAUAAGGAUGACUGAUAAGAGGGUAUUGCUUUAGGUCUUCAAGCACUGAUAAAGUGAAACUGAGCACUAGGAAUAAAAAAUCAUUUUCCAAUUUCAGAAGUGUAUGAUAACAACUGUUCUUGGAGAAAAAUAUUUUCUUUAUUACUGCAUAUUGUCAGCAGUCAUUAAUGUGCCUGAUAAUGACCCCUCCCCCAAUGCUUGGUGGGACCGCAGUGAAUUAGGCAUGUGAGCAUUUUUAAUCAAAUUAUGUAGUGCUCGGUAUACCCACUAGAUGAACAAGGUAGCAUUUUUUGUGCUUUAUCUUUGAAAAGUCACUAGGAAGUUGCUGCUUUGUUUUCCUGAAGCAUUUUCAGGUGUAGAUCCCUGUGGGUGCCUAAUGCUAAUGAGUGUUCUAAUAUCAUUGCACAGAUGGCAGUGAAAAAUAACAGACCAGUCAUUCUAAAUUCAGGGUGACCCUGUUGCGAGUCAUUUCCAACCUAUUGUACUUUCACGAAAAUAAACUGUAAACAGAUGUGUGAGAAAAAUUCUGUCUUCACUUCAUAUUUAAAAAUGUGGUGUAGGAGGUAAGAGAAAUGAGGACCAUGGCUAGUGUAAAAAAAAAUAUUUAUCUUUCUGAACAUUAGAGAACUUUAGAUGUAGACAAAUGUGUUAUCUUCCUUUCAGAGGUUUAUCUCCAUUUUAUGAUGGCCACAGUAGGGUCUAAAGCUUGAGUGGCUUAAGCAAUGUUUGUUGGAGUUACAACUCAGUCUUCUGCUCUCCGAAUGAUGCUGCACAAUUACCACAAGAAACAUUGCUGUUCCUGAUGCAUUUUAUUUUUAAAAAUGGGUAAACUGAAGGUUUAAUUGGUUCUUAUUUUUGCUGUUUUUAUGCUGCAGGAUUUGCAUAAGCCACUCAGAGCUGUGCAAUAUAAAAGGCACUGUCCUUAAUAUAGACAAAGCUCAGGUCAUUGUAUAUUAUUUGUGUAUACCAUAUUUGUACAGUUAAUAUAAAUAUUUUUUUCUGCAUUCACAAAUUAUUUUCACUUUGUGUAGUGACAUUCAGAAAACUGUAUGCUGCUUCUGAGAUUACUGCUGUGUUUGUAGUAUUUGUGCUUUGUUCAUUUUUUAUUUGGGAGGGGGGUGGCAUAGGAAAGCCUUGAACCAAAAGAAAACUAUUGCAAUAUCCAUUAAGAUACCAUUUUGACAACUGCCAUUCACAACUUUAAGAGCUGUGUUCAAAAGUAUACUGAAAUACUUGUUUGGCAUAAACAAAUGUUUGUAAAUGGCAUUUUAAAUACCCAGUAAUUAAGUAAAAAAAUAUAUAUAGCACGUGUUUCACAUGAAGUCCCAAUAAUCAUUUUUGUGUACAGUAUGUGUUGACAGUUCUGCUUUUUAUUGAAGGCCAGUUUGAUUAUUGCUGUAUGUUGUUUUGUUGUCUAUAUUCAGGUAUAUGCAGCAGGGUUUUUCUUAUAAAAAUAAAAGAAAAAAGGUUUCCUGAUGACAUGUGGUCUUAAAUCUACAUGUACCUGUAGAUAAAUGAAUGUAUUUAUUCUGAGGUAGAAUUAAAUGAAAUGCACUUAUUCUGAACUUUGAAUUGUGCAUAACUGGAAGCUGCUAAAACAGAGUAAGCUAUAUUACAUUAUAUUAUCUCAGAAAGUAGUUAAUAAGAUAAUCAACGUGAUAGCACAUAUGCAAAUUAAAACAUGUCUUGAUGUCUUGGUUGGGAUUGUGUUUAUCGCUCACCCUACCCCAUCCAAUCAAUGAAGUCACACUCAGGGUAAUUGGCAAAUGUGCUUCUGCAGUAUAAACUAUGUUUGAAUACUUCUCUGCUCAUAGGCAAAGUCUGACUGUUGCAGCAUUUUAGUUCACACCAGUGACACUAGUAAAACAUUUUAAGAAGCAAAUGUUAACUUGUUUGAAGUCCCACUGUGUACAGCUGUCUCCAAAGUUUGCAACAGUUAUUAGACCUCUUAACUCAGAACUACAUUGUUUAAGGUCACAAUUCACUUGCUCUUUGUUAAUUUUCAUUGUGGAAUCUUGCAAUGUAAUUUGGAAAUAUGAGUAUGAGCUAUGACAAAAAUUGUGAAAACUGGCCAAGAGUUGAGCUAAAGACAUAUUUUAUUUUGCAGUAAAACAUGAGAGUUUGAGUACUUUUACCAGUAGGCACUGUUAUGUACAGUUCAUGUCUGUAGUAUAUGCUUUUCUGUUUGUUGCAGAACAUAGAAAGUGUAAUUGUUCUUUUGACUAAUUGCAGUCUUACUCUGAUAAAAUUGAAAUGUAGUUAUAAGUAAAUCAAGAAAAUGAGUUUGUCAUUAUGAGACUGCACAAUAAUCACUGGAUGCAAUACUUGUAAAACUGUUGUUGCAAGUAAUUGGAAAACAGAAUCACUGUAAAUUAUGCUUUAAACUCUGGGGUCAUUAUGGAACUUUUAAAUGUUUUACAGGUGGUAUUCUCAUCUACAUAUUGAAUAUCACUUUGUUAGUGCAUGUGUACCAUUUUCCAUAUUACAGGUCUGGUCUAUGAUGUCAGCUGUUAAAGAAAUGUGAAACUUAGUUAUCGUUGACAUUGUAAAUAUCUGUCAGAGUUGAACAAAAUAUUUUAAAUCAUUGUAAAUAGAAUGUACAAUAUCACUAAUCAGUCUGCAAUGCAGAGAGAGAAUAUUCAUUGUGAACUGUUGAAUAAAUAUUGUGCUGUUUCUGUA